ACUUGCGACGUUGAAGUAUGGCGUUUGUUGCUGUUUGCUAGCCAUUAGCUUCCUGCCUUAAAAUAUUACGAUUUUAAGCGAAUUAACAAUCUUCUGAUGGUGGCGGUGGCUGUGUGUGUCCAGGAUGAGUGGAGGUUUGGCACCAAGUAAAAGCACAGUGUAUGUGUCCAACCUGCCUUUCUCUCUGACCAACAGUGAUCUACACAAGCUGUUCACCAAAUAUGGAAAAGUUGUUAAGGUUACAAUUGUUAAAGAUAAAGACACCCGCCAGAGUAAAGGGGUGGCGUUUGUUCUCUUCCUGGACAGAGAGUCGGCUCAUAGCUGUGCAAGAGCAGUAAAUAACAAACAGUUGUUUGGCAGAACAGUGAAAGCGAGCAUUGCAGUCGACAACGGACGAGCAACUGAGUUCAUAAGGAGGCGGAACUACACAGACAAGACCAAAUGUUAUGAAUGUGGAGAUACAGGUCAUCUGAGCUACGUGUGCCCCAAAAACAUGCUGGGAGAGAGGGAGCCCCCGAAGAAGAAAGAAAAGAAAAAGAAGAAAAAGGAUCAACAGACUGAGCAUGUCGAAGAGGAAGAAGAAGAAAGUGAAGAAGAGGGAGAGGACCCGGCCUUAGACAGUCUGAGCCAGGCUAUAGCUUUUCAGCAAGCCCACAUUGAGGAAGAGGAGGAACAGAGGAAGCAGACGCGUAUGUCUCAAGAGGCACAAGCGUCAACAUCCUCAGAUUCUAGGAAACCGAGGAUUAAAAAGAGCGCAUACUUCAGUGACGAGGAGGAGCUCAGCGACUAAUAACAAUGAACAUUCAGUACAUAGGCACCAAAUUGUUUGGUCCAUAUGGAUUUAAUUUUCUGAGUUUCUUUGUGUUACAAUGGUGAUACUUUUGUUUCUUCUCGUACAUUUUUUUUAUGUUGGUCAAUAAAGAGUUGUUUCUUAAUGACAGACUUCAUACAUUAAUAGUUAGUCCAGCUUUUACACAAAAUCAGAUUAAGAAAAGUGAAGAAAAUAGAGAUUAAAUAAUACAGCAAAUGGCAAUAGGAUAUUAAACACAUCUGAUUGUAAACAAAACGUCAAUUUAUUGGUUUUAUUUUUAUAUAUGAGUAGUUUUGUGCAUCAGGCGAAUAUAAGAUUGUUAUAAUAAAAAUGUUUUCCUUGCUCCAUUUUCUAAAGAGGGGAAGACGAUUAUCAGAAAUGGAAUUGGCACGUGAGUCUCUGCAAACCCUACAAAUUGCAACAUGUCAAAUUACUGCAAUCCAGGUUUCAGUGCGGUAGAAUUCCAUCUACUGACGACAGCGGUGGAUCCACUUUGUUAAUCCCUGAAAUGAGCCAGGUUUUUGGGGGGAUCUGUGGAGCUCGCUUGCGUCAGCACGAAAACAAAGCGAGGGAUUCCCCGAUGUUUUCACGCGUCUGUGCUCGUGAUGAACCUGUGCGGUGAGUCUGCGGUGUGAGAGCAGACGCAAAGAUGGAGGGAUGUGAGGCGACAGUGAGCGGGAGCGUGUUCACGCGCUGCGGCUGCAGACGCAACAUCAGCUACUGUCUAUUGCUGCGUUUGGGUGCUGUCGGAAAUGGGAAAACGUUGGGGUUUACUUCCAGGAGAAAGAGGUAACUACUGUCGAUGAUUGCAAGUCACAGAUAUAUAUUUUUUCUAAAGUCCUCAUCUGUAUAGAUUAAGUAAUGUUGCAUUUCACGCACUGCACAUACUUUCCCCGUU